AUGUCCAACUGUGUCAUAGCCCUCACGACUAUCGUGGUGGGGCAGCAUUUCCAGUUCAUCCAGUCUUCACGCCAGAAUACAGAUCCACUGGGAAUGUUCCUGACUGGAUGCUGUUGGCAGUUGCUGACGGCCACUCUGAACUGCACCCUGACCUCCCUGCACCCCGUGGGGCCCAUCCAGUGGUUCAGGGGGUCAGGGCCAGGCCGGGAGUUAAUCUACAAUUACAGAGGAGGUCACUUUCCCCGAAUAACAAAUGCUGCAGACACCACAAAGAGAAACACCAUGGACUAUUCCAUCCGCAUCAGUAACAUCACCCCAGCAGACACCGGGACCUACUACUGUGUGAAGUUCCGGAGAGAAGACACUGACACCGUGCAGUUUAGGUCUGGUCCUGGCACUCAGCUCAUUGUGAGUGCCAAACCCUCUCCCCCCGUGGUAUCGGGCCCCACAAUGAGGGCGCAGCCUGGGCAGACAGUGAGCUUCACCUGCAAGUCCCACGGCUUCUCCCCCAGAAACAUCAUGCUGAAAUGGUUCAAAGAUGGGAAUGAGCUCCCAGUCUCCCAGACCACCGUGGACCCAGAGGGAGACAGUGCUUCCUACAGCCUCUCCAGCACAGCCAAGGUGUCGUUGGUCCCGGGGGAUGUUCGCUCCCAAGUCAUCUGUCAGGUGGACCAUGUCACCCUGCAGGGGGGCCCUCCUCUUCGUGGGACUGCCAACCUGUCUGAGACCAUCCGAGUUCCGCCCACCGUGGAUGUUACCCAACACCCCUUGUCAGAGAACCAGGUGAACAUCACCUGUCAGGCGAAGAAGUUCUACCCCCAGCGCCUACAGCUGACCUGGUUGGAGAAUGGGAACGUGUCCCGAACAGAAACAGCCUCGGCCCCCACAGAGAAUAAGGACGGAACCUUUAACCGGAUGAGCUGGCUCUUGGUGAAUUUAUCUGCCCAUAGGGAGAAUGUGAUGCUCACCUGCCAGGUGGAGCACGAUGGGCAGCCAGCAGUCACCAAAAACCAUACCGUGGAGGUCUCUGCUCACCAGAAGAACCAAAGCACAAAUGGACCCCCUGGUGAGAAUAACAAUUUGAAUAGUAUCUUUAUUGCGGUGGGUGUGGUGUGUGCCUUGCUGGUGGCCCUACUGAUCGCGGCCCUCUACCUCCUCCGAUUCCGACAGAAGAAAGCCAAGGGAUCUACUUCUUCCACAAGGUUGCAUGAGCCCGAGAAGAACGCCAGAGAAAUAACCCAGGUCCAGGACAACAAUGACAUCACAUAUGCAGACCUGAACCUGCCCAAGAGGAAGAAGUCAGCCCCCCAGGCCACCGAACCCAAGAUCCACACAGAGUAUGCCAGCAUCCAGGCUGUCCCACCGCCCCCGUCUGAGGACACUGUCACCUACGCCGACCUGGACAUGGUCCACCUCAACCGGGCCCCCAAGCAGCCAGCCCCCAAGCCUGAGCCAUCCUACUCAGAGUAUGCCAGUGUCCAGGUCCAGAGGAAGUGAAGAGGGCCUACAUCGUCUCUGGGUCUGUGCCCAUGAGCCUUCUUGUCCCAUGUGGGGCAUCUGUAAUGAAGACAGCCAGCCCAAUUCCCGGAAGGCCGGGGUGGCGCCGGUCCUGGGACCCAAGAAUGAGGCUAGCUCUUGUCUCCACAACUCACCUGGCUCUCCAGUAUUUCCAGGGUAGCCACAGCCCCCCACAUUGCCACACAUGGAGGCUGAUGUUGCCAGAUCAGCCAUGGAACCCCCCUAGGAACUGGUCAGAGCCACUGGGGGUCCAAGAACUCUCAUGCCUCUCUCCAUCAACCGUGGGUCUUGGCAACUCUUGACUGCCUUCUUGAUGCUCUGCAGGCUGAUCUUCCAGGGUGUGGAGGGAGAAAAACCCUACCUCCUCUUCCCACCACCACCACCACCACCACCCAAUGGGAGCGUUGGGAAAAGUUUUCUAUUUAGAUUGAACUGCCCCAUUCAUGGAGAAGCUGGAAAAAAAAAAAAUCUGGGACUGCAUCCAGAGACUCAGUGAGGUUGCCACCAACUGUCCUGGCCUCCCUAUCCCUGGACUGAUGAGCCACAAGCCCUGGGGAGGAGAGGACCCUCUGAGGAACCCUCCACCACCACCAAGGACUGAGGAACAAGGCCCUCCUCCUCCUGCCCUCUGAGACUCCUUGAGGACCCAGCAUCCUGGCAGUGACACUCCAUACGGACCCACCUCUCUUUUCUCAACCUGAGCUUGCUUCCCUCAGCUAGCACUAACUCAGCAACAUCUCGCUGUGGACACCUGUAAAUUAUUGAGAAAUGUGAAAUGUGCAAUCUUGAAACUGAGGUGUUAGAAAAUUUGAUCUGUGGUGUUUUGUUUUGUUCUGUUUUUCCUAAAACAACAGCAGCAUUAUCUUGGCUCCUUGUCACGUGUUGAAGUACAUGGUUGGGUCUUGUGCCGUCUAAGGUUUAGCAGUUGGUUUCCUGGAGGGAAUAUCUUACGACAGAAACUAACUUCAUCUGUGCCCCAGAGCCGUGAGGAUGGGGAAGAAGGUUCCAGUUUGGCUGCUCCAUGGAGACCCUUAGACUUCUCUCCAGGACUCAAUCGGCCACGUUCUCAGCCGAGCCACGUGGCUGGUACGACUGCCUUCCUGCCCGCUGUGUGGUAAGUCCAAACCUGCCAGUGCUUCUCUAGGCUGCCUCCUUCACCAUGCAGUCUUGUUGAGACCUAACGCCUCAGUUCGCUCACCCAGAAAGAGGGGAGAGGACAGAUGCCUUCCAUCACUCCGCCUCCCCCACCAUUGCUCGCAAGCACUUUAGAGCCAUGCAGGGUAGUAAGCUGUGCCUGGCUGUUUCCCCCACCCCUUUAGCAACCUUCCCUCAUUCCAGCUCUCUGAGCUGAUCUCUACAGGAGGAAUCUUCCAUUUCUACUCUCAAACCCUAUUGGGAUCAAACUGGAAUAAAUCCAAGACAGCCAGAAGGACUGGGCAGCUGUGAAGUCAAGACUGACCCGCCUUGCUGUCCCUCUAUCUCAGGAGGUUGGGCAGAGACUGUGACCCAUUAUCCUCUGAGCCCCACCCUUCCAAUUCAGUGUAGGGGCCUGGCUGGGCCCAGGGCAAACAAAUGUUGCAUUCUGUGUGUGUUCAGUCUUCACGUGUAACUGAUCAGCUCUUAGAGCUGAGACACUAAUCUUCACUGCCCCCCACACACACCCACCUGAGUCCAGCCCUUUGGUGCCCAAGGGAUUCCUGGCUCGGGCCAUUGGAGAGAGAAGCUGAGCCAUCCUGCCUGUCAGCAUGUCCUACAGGUGGAACUCCAGGAGCUCAGCACACACCCGGCUCUCUUGGGGCAGUGAUUUGGUGUUUUACAUAAUGGCAGCCAGGAAUGAGCUGAGCCAACAGGCCAUGUGGGCAGCUUUGGCCCGACGAGUCAGAGUGUCUCUGUGGCAUCUGGGAGCGCAGUGGUCCAGCCACCUGGCUCGGGCUUUUUCCAAAUUCCAAAAGGUUGACUUGCAAACUUUCAUCUCCAUCGCUUCAGCACAGAGAGAGCCCAUGUGCGUGAGCGCGCGCACACACACACACACACACACACACACACACUCACACAGAAUCUUCAAAGGAUGUUUUUUUGGUGCCAUUUUAAUUUAAUUUUAUUUUGAAUUUUGGAAGAGGAGUAAAGGAAUGAGGCCAAGGAAGCCAUGUAGCUUUAGCUCCAUCCUGGCAGCCUGGAGAGUCUCAUACCUUGUGUAUCGAACCCCAGGAAAAGGAAGAGGUUAAAACAACAGUGCGGAAGGAGCGUGGUUAUCGGGAGUUUAUUUUAAGACGCUGGGAAGGAAACAGGCCCCAUUUUGUAUAUAGUUGCAACUUAAACUUUUUGGCUUGCAAAAUAUUUUUGUAAUAAAGAUUUCUGGGUAACAACGA